GACGUGCACCGCGGUUUGACUCAUACUGGGCAUGCGUAAUCGAGAUUUCGUGACGUCACGUCGUCCCGCAUGUGGCUGAUGCAAGAGUGGUUCUAGUUCUCAGUUGUCGCAUUCACGUUCGUGUGUGUCGCUUAAAAAGUGUUUUCAGAAACACCGAUAUCAUUUACAAGUUUAAGGAGAUCACAGGGAAGGACAAGGAUUAGAAAAAUGGCAGAGGAAGACGCGAAUGAGAUAUUUGACUUGUCCUUGAAGAAGAAGAAGAAAAAGAAGAAGGUUCCGUUCUUUGACCCGGACGCAGCGCCGGGAGAAGGUACCAACGAUCAGGAGGAGAAUGAGAAGACAGAGGAGCCAAUGAAGGACAAGGAGAAGGAUGAAGAUGGUGAUGACGAGAAAUCUGAGGUUAUUGAUGGCAGGAAAAGUCGCCGCGUCACCUUCGCCUUGCCUGAAGAUGAGGAUGACUUGGCUUCUCUGGACUUGGGUUUGAAAAAGAAGAAGAAAAAGAAGAAGAAGAUUUUUGACCUAGCAGAUCUUGACGAAGCUCUACCGGAGAAGGACAACAAGCUGGAUUCCGAGGAGAAGGGCGUGUCGUUUGAGGACACGGGCGCAGGAGAUGACGCCCAGGGAUUGGACGAUGACCUCGAUCUGGACUUAACCAAACUUAAAAAGAAAAAGAAAAAGAAGAUGGCUGACGUUAUAGAUGAUGACAAGGAAGAUGAAGAUGAUGAAGCACCCAAAAUUGGCUCCCUGGGGGGUCCUUCAUGGCUUGGCUCGGAGAGAGACUAUACCUAUGAUGAGCUCCUGUCGCGGGUGUUCGACAUCAUGCGGGAAAAGAACCCGGACAUGGUGGCCGGCGAGAAGAGGCGGUUUGUCAUGAGGCCGCCACAAGUCGUCAGAGUGGGCACCAAGAAAACCUCUUUUGUCAAUUUUGCUGAAAUUUGCAAAUUGUUACAUCGACAGCCCAAACAUCUGCUGGCCUUCUUAUUGGCUGAGCUGGGGACAAGUGGUUCCGUGGAUGGCAAUAACCAGCUGAUCAUCAAGGGUCGCUUCCAGCAGAAGCAGAUCGAAAACGUACUCAGGAGAUACAUCAAGGAAUACGUGACGUGCCACACCUGUAGAUCUCCUGAGACCAUCCUCCAGAAGGACACCCGGCUUUAUUUCCUGCAGUGUGAGACCUGCCACUCGCGCUGCUCCGUAGCUAGCAUCAAGUCCGGCUUCCAGGCCGUCACCGGCAAGAGGGCUGCCCUCAGGGCAAAGGCCACGUGAGGUCAAGGGUCAUAGGGUAGCUCAUCUUCUUGGAGAGCUGACAUACUGUGAACUGAAUCUGAAUUGGUUAACACACCAACUUUGCAGGCACAUGGUGGCCUCAUAAAUGACAUGUCACACUUAUACCAUUCUACUGUUUGAAAA